GAUUUUUACAAACUAUUCCCCUAUACUUUCAUUGUAAUUUCAACCAAUUUUGAUUAAUACAUGCAAGCCUGGUGGUUAAAUGCUCAGUGCCAAUAAACAGACAGGCAUGCAGUAGGCACAGAAUAAAUGUAUCCUAUGUGUAGUGUGACAUAUAGUGGUAUAUUAUUGGAGUUCGCUUUACACAUACAAACAAGUUAGGGGAGGAGGAGGAGGUGGGGGGGACACCAAUUGCACAAAAACACACGAUAUGUCAGUUGUAUACAUGUCUAUUUAUCCUAUAAAAAUGAAGAGGAAUCUUUAACGAUACACCGACUAUGUGUGUCAGUGUUAGUAAUGCCGGUAAUAGAAAACUGCCUUCAGAGAAAGGUUAUCACGUUGAACAAGCUUAAAUUUCAUUAGAACAACUUUUAAUCGAUCCAUAGUAUACAACAGAAGAAAAAAAAGAUAAACGUAUAUUACAGAAAAAAACAAGAGAAAGAAAAAAGGAAGAAAAUCUAAUCCCUUUCAAUCUGAAAAGAAUAAAUUCAAGUGAAAUUUGAAUAAGGAAUUCAUUUUUCCUGUUAUCAUCAUCUUACCUUGGAUACGAAAUAAAUAUCCUCUUAAAUUUUAUUACAUGACAGACAGAUUAUGAAACCUCAUGAAGUCUAUUCGUUUACAAAUAAAUAUUUCACCUAUGGAUUUAUUCUCAUACAUAUAUUCAUAUUAUGCAAUAUUUGUAUAAUACAAACGAAUGGUGCAGCGACAUGUAUACCUUCACCAAACUGCACAGAAUGCACUUGUAUGGGAAUUCCUGGACCAAAGGGUGAUCUUGGAGCCCGAGGGCAUGUUGGUAGACCAGGUGCAGUUGGAUCACGUGGAUUACCUGGUCUACCAGGUCCAGAAGGUGAACGUGGUAUACCUGGUAUACCAGGUGAUCCUGGUCCCAAAGGAAUAAUGGGUGAUAAAGGUGUAAUGGGUGUUCCAGGAGUAGAUGGUCUUAAGGGUGCACUUGGUAUUAAAGGUCCGAAAGGUUUUCCAGGUGAAGAAGGAUGUUGUGGAGCAAAGGGACCUAAGGGCCUUAAAGGUUCACAAGGUAGUUAUGGAUAUGAUGGUCUUCCUGGUGAACGUGGUUUAAGAGGUCCGAAGGGUGAUAAAGGAGAACCAGCAAUCAUUGAUGGUCGAGAGGGUAUGGGAGAGAUGGGACCUAAAGGUGAAAAAGGUGAACGUGGUCCAAAAGGUAUUCGUGGUCGAGAUGGAGACAAAGGACAACCUGGUAUAGCUGGACCAAAGGGUUAUCAGGGGAUUAAAGGAGAUCGUGGUGAACCGGGUAUUAAAGGAGAAAAAGGCGAUACACCUACACCAAUUUCUUUACCAUUUGCAGAACCUGGUGAAAAGGGUUUCAAAGGUGAAAAAGGUACAUCUUAUGAUGAAUCACCGUUGAUCAAAGGUCAGAGAAUAGGGAUAAAAGGUGUUAAAGGACUUCCUGGUCCAAGAGGUGAACCCGGUGAUGAAGGCCCUCCAGGUCCACGAGGUUCUCCUGGACUAAAUGGAGUGCGAGGGCUUCCAGGUCCUAUCGGAGAUGAAGGUUCAAUGGGAAAAUUUGGUAAACCUGGAGCACCUGGUAUACCUGGACCACCAGGACGAUUAGGACAAGAUGGUUUGCCUGGACCCCCUGGACCACCUGGUUAUCCUGGACCAAAAGGAGACAAGGGAUAUCCAGGCACUCAAGGACCUAAAGGUGAAAAGGGUGUCAAAGGUGAAACAAUAGAUAUUGAUGCAAUGCCUGGACCUGAUGGAGAUAUUGGUGAACCAGGUGUUAAAGGUGAACGUGGGGAUCCAGGUCCUUAUGGAACAAGAGGUCUUCCUGGUGGACGUGGACCACGAGGAGAUCCUGGACCUAAAGGUGAUCCAGGACCCGGAUAUGCACAGAUUAUUGUAGGUGAACCUGGAAGAAAAGGAGAGAAAGGUCUACCAGGAUUAGAUGGAAAGCGUGGAAAGAUGGGAAGACCCGGAAUUCCGGGACCAAAAGGAGAAAAAGGUUAUCCUGGUCGUGAAGUAUAUGGGAAGAAAGGCGAAAAAGGUUCACGUGGAUUUCCAGGACCUAUUGGACCGCCAGGUGAUCGUGGAGUAGCUGGUCGACCAGGUCCCGUAGGUGAUAGAGGAGAAGUUGGUCCGAGUAUUGAUGGUCCUCCUGGACCUAAGGGAGUUAAAGGUCAACCUGGUUUACCAGGUAUACGUGGUCGUGAGGGUGAUGCUGGUCCUCCUGGUGAAAAAGGUGAUUGUACUGUUUGUCCAGAUGGAAGACCUGGUUUACCAGGACCUAAAGGUUUUCGAGGUCAACCUGGAUGGCCUGGUGAACCCGGUUUGGAUGGUUCACCUGGACAGAAAGGUCUACCAGGUGCACAAGGACGAGAUGGUCUAGUUGGUGUACCUGGUCAAAAGGGAGAGAAAGGUGAACGUGGAAACGAUGGUACUCGUGGACCAAAGGGUGAACCAGGUCCUGUUGAAAUAGUAAAUGUUACAGUACCAGAAGCCCCACGUGGUGAUGUUGGCCGUCCAGGUCGCGCUGGAGUAGUUGGUGAACAAGGCCCAAAGGGUUUUCCAGGUCCAAAAGGCUUGCCUGGACCAGAAGGUCUAAAGGGUGAUACAGGAAUGCCAGGAUUACCAGGUUUCAGUGGGACAGUUGGAAAACCUGGAAGACGUGGUGAACCGGGUCGUGAUGGCAUUGUAUUUGAUGCCCAAAAAGGAGCUCCAGGUGUUCCUGGCCGUGAUGGGAUUAAAGGUGAAAAAGGAGAGAAAGGAGAUAGGGGUGUGGAUAAUAUUGUCGAUCAAAUAUUUGAAUAUAUUAAAGGUGAAAUAGGUCCUAAAGGAUAUCCAGGUGAUAAAGGAUUAUCAGGAUUUCCAGGAGAAAAAGGUAGGGAAGGUGAAAAAGGUAUUCCUGGAAUACCUGGAAAACAAGGAAAACCAGGUUUUCCUGGCCUUGAAGGAGCUCCAGGUCAACCAGGCGACAAAGGUUUUAUGGGACCAAAAGGACCUAGGGGUAUUUCAGGUCCACCGGGUGAGCCUGGGAGGAAGGGAGUAAAAGGUCUCCUCGGUCCUAAAGGCCUUUCUGGGAUUGUUGGUGACAGUGGUGAACGUGGCCCAUCUGGCUUACCUGGUACAUCAGCAGUUGGUGAAAAAGGAGAGGAAGGUACACGCGGUUUUCCUGGUCCAGUUGGCAGGAAAGGAAUACCAGGAAUAAAAGGUGAAAAAGGAGUUAGAGGAGCUGAUGGACUUCCUGGAUUAAAUGGACCGAAAGGGGAGAGGGGAGAUCAAGGACUUAAAGGUGAAACUGGAGAACCGGGUGAGAUCUAUCAAGGAGUUAAGGGACCAAAAGGAAUAAAAGGCGAGGCCGGUCUGCCAGGAAUUGAUGGACCGAAAGGGGAACCUGGAGAAGACAGAUUUCCAACAAUUGCAUUGAAAGGAGAACCUGGCCCACCAGGGCCCGGAGGACCCCAGGGACCCAAAGGAUUACCCGGAAGUGCAGGUUUGCCUGGAAGGGUAGGCCCGAUUGGACCAAGUGGAAUACCUGGAUCUCCUGGUGAAAAAGGUGACUUUGGUUUACCUGGUCAGUUUGGUCCAAAAGGUUUACCAGGAGAACCUGGCGAUGAUGGCCCCGAAGGACCACGAGGGGAAACUGGUGACGAGGGAAUAAGAGGUCUUCCUGGGACACCAGGGCCCAAAGGACUACCAGGUCUGAUGGGUCCUAAGGGACUCCCAGGAGAACCAGGAGCCGCUGGAGUAGGAAUUAAAGGACAAAAAGGUUUACCAGGACUUAAAGGUAUAAAGGGUUUCCCAGGUGAGCCUGGAGAUGAUGGGACACCAGGGAACAAAGGUCUUCCAGGUUUAGCUGGUCGAGCAGAGAAAGGUGAAAAAGGUGAGAAGGGUAUCAAGGGUGCCCAACCACCUCCAGGAGAAAAAGGGAGAUCAGGCCAAAUGGGUCCAAUGGGAGAGACAGGUGAACCAGGUCCAGUAGGUCCUAUUGGUGAGAAGGGAAAUCGUGGAGUUCCCGGCCCAGCUGGACGUCCUGGAAGGACCGGUGCAGUUGGUGAGCCUGGUGUCUCUGGACCACGAGGGUUACCAGGACUACCUGGACCAUUGGGUGAUAAGGGUGAAAAAGGUUUACCCGGGACAACUAUUAGAGUGGCUGAUGUUGGUACAAAAGGUGAAAAAGGUCAACCUGGUGUAGCAGGUCCACCUGGACCUAAGGGCAGACAGGGACCAAAGGGAGAUCAAGGAAUUCAGGGUAUACCAGGCAAAGAUGGUUUACCCGGCCAAUCUGGGCCAGGAGGACCUAAAGGUGAAAAAGGUGUACCUGGUCCAGAAGGACCUCGAGGAGUUGAAGGACAACCAGGUCCGAAAGGUCCAAAAGGAUUUAUCGGUCCAAAAGGAUUUCCUGGAUCAGUAGGUCCACCUGGUGAACGUGGUCCAACUGGAGAUAGAGGUGAAACAGCAAGAGCUCCAACUGGACAGAAAGGAGAACGUGGUUUGAUUGGACCGGCUGGACCAAUCGGUAGAAAAGGUGAACCAGGAGAGGCUGGAUUGAGAGGAGCCCCAGGUGAUAUAGGUGAACCAGGUCCAGAUUUACUUGGAGCACCUGGAGAAAAAGGUAGCCCUGGACCUACAGGUCGACCAGGAGUUCCUGGUAUGAGAGGACCCAAGGGAAUUAAAGGCAUAUCUCCUCGUGAACCUGGUGAACCAGGCCCUAGAGGUCCAGAUGGACCACCAGGUGUCAAAGGAGAACGUGGACCUAAAGGAUUCGAUGGAUCGAUUGGUCGGAAAGGACUACCAGGUAUAAAGGGUGAACAAGGAGUUAAAGGAUUUCCUGGUCAAUCUGGUAGACCUGGCAGUGUUGGUGAGAAAGGUGACAGAGGGCCUCCAGGAAUUUCAGGUGAAAAAGGCAAUAAAGGAAUAAAAGGUGAAAUGGGUCGUCCAGGAUUACCAGGACAAAAGGGUGAAAGUGCAGUUGCUAUGGUGGGACUGAAAGGAGAAAAAGGUAUACGAGGAGAUGACGGCUUGAUGGGUCCAAAAGGUUUACCAGGAAUUGAAGGAGCUCCUGGUUCUCCUGGUUCAAGAGGUGAGCCUGGUGAUGCUGGGGAACCAUCACCAAGAGGUCCAAAAGGCUACACAGGUCCCACUGGACUGAAAGGAUUCAUGGGCCCAGAAGGACCAAAGGGUGAAGUCGGUUCAGUCGGGGAACAAGGAGCACCUGGAGGCAUUGGAGAUACUCGUGGUAACACUGGACAUUUAUUCACUGUUCAUAGUCAGACAACACGUAUUCCAUCUUGUCCAUCAUCAACACGUAAAUUAUGGGAAGGUUAUUCAUUUUUAAGUAUGACAGGUUCAGAAAGAGCUCAUGUGAAUGAUUUAGCCAGUCCUGGUUCAUGCUUACAAUUAUUCAAUCCAAUUCCAUUUAUGUUUUGUGAAAAACAAGAAAAUUGUUAUUAUGCUCAACGUAAUGAUCGAAGUUAUUGGUUGAGUACAGAAGAAGAGCCAAUGAUGUGGAAUCCAGUACAGGCGAAUGAAACUCAAAGACACAUUAGUCGAUGUGUUGUCUGUGAAUCACCCAGUAAGCUUUAUGCAUUUCAUUCUCAAACUUUGGAAAUUCCCAGAUGUCCUGAUGGAUGGUCAACUCUAUGGCCAGGAAGUAGUUUUCUAAUGAAUACCGGUUAUGGAGCUCAAGGUGGAGGACAACAGUUAGCAUCACCUGGAAGUUGUAUACCACAAUUUCGUUCACAUAUGUUUAUUGAAUGUACUGCAAAAGGUUUAUGUGGAUUCUUUGAAGAGCAUAAAAAUUUUUGGUUACGUGUUAUGCCUAGUUCAAUGGAUGAACAUAUGUUUGGUAUGGUAAUGGGUACUGUAAUUAAAGUACGUAAUAGUCAAGAUUCAGUUAGUAAAUGUGUUGUAUGCAUGAGAACUCAACCAUUGUCAACAUCAUUUUAUUUAAAUUAAGUGUAUUAUCAAGUAAAAAUAUCAGAAUUUGGUUUCUAUUCAAAUAAUCACUAUUUUCAAAUGUAUCUACUUUAUUCUCUUUUUCUGUUAAAGGGUAAAACUGUGUUUUCUUUCUUCUCUUAUUGUCAUCAUAAGUUAAACAGUUUUUUUUUAAAUUUUAAUUAAAGACACAAAUCUGAAUAGGCUUAUAUAUUCUAGCUAAAAUCUUCGAAUAAAUUUAAGAUUAUUGUUUAACAUUUAUCCUAUAUAUAUAAGAGGUUUCUUUUAAUAGUUUACAAAAUAUUCUGUUGGGGAUAUUUUCUGCAAAAAAAACAAUAAUAAUCGUAAAAAUAGCACUUUUUUCAAUUUUAUAUAUGUUAAUUUUCUUGUCAUUGUUGUUUUACUGUAAUAACUAACACAGUUCAAUAGUCAAUGCAUACACGCUACACGUUAACCACCAAUCAAUCGGUAGUUGACAUAGGAAUGUUUACAAAUGCAUAUUACAUUUGUACUAGACUGCUUUUGAAAAUCUAUAUUUAGGAGUUUAUUGGAUUCAAUGAAUAUAUAUAUAUAUAUAUAUUCAAAUUAUUUACUUAUUUAUUUAUUUAUUAAUUUAUUUAUCAAAUAAAAUCAUAUUCAAGUUUUAGUUGUAAUAAGAGAAUGAAAAAUUUGAUUAUAAAACAUUAAAUAUGCAUUAUGAAAGUUUCAUUGACUGAGUGUCGGAUGUAUUCUUGUUCUUUUGCAAUAAUAUUUCCAUUUUCUGCUUUUAUGUUGAAAAAUGUAUCUCGUUAAUCUUUUCAAUAUGUUAACAAAAAAGUAAUGAUAAUGAUAAUAAUAAUAAUAAAUGGAAUAUUUUAAGUUC